AUGGACGUCGCGGCAGCGUUCCGGAUCAACUUGGGGGCUUCGUUGGGGACUUUACUAGGCGGACUCAUUGUCUUCAGCCAGUUCUUACUCCGCGUCGUCAACCCGCGCGCGAUGGCCGUGUGGAUGAGCUUCGCCGGUGGCCUCACGCUCUUCCAGUCGCUCGUGGUGCUGUUCCCGAACUCGUUGUUCGAGUUCACGGACGCGUUCAGCAGCGAUGAAUCCAGAGGCAGCGAGGACGACACGGUCAUGGGGCAGGCGUGGCUCACCACGACUGGCUGUUUCGGAGUCGGCAUCGUGCUCAACUACUGCCUGAAUCUGCUCGUGAAGCAGUUGACCCCGGGUCAGCGCCAGAGCCUCUUCGCGCGGAUGCACGCAGGCGACACCUUCCACCUCUCUCUUGAAGAUGGGAUUCCGGAGCUCAAGCCCCCGGUAGACAUCAUGCAGAGUCGCCACUUCCUGCGGGUCGAUGAAGCCACGAAGGAGAAGCUGCAGCAGGGGAUCUCCGUGGCGACGCCCAUGUACUUCGCUACGGGUAGCAAGUGGAAGGGGCUUCUGUGGUGUCUGGUGGCGUCUAUCGCGCAGCAUCUUGGAGGCUUCAUCGCCUUUGGAAUUUUAGGCAAGGACGUCGACAGCUUCUCGCAGGGAAUCCUCUACGACCUCGUGUCGGGCAUGCUCGCGUGCAUCAGCAUGAAGGGGAUUUUCCCCACUGCAAGCAUGUACGCCAACGGACGCGUGCAUCUCGUGUCCGCCAGAGGCCUCUUCGGGAUGCUCUUCAUGGCCGCCAGCCUCAUUUUGUUCAAGUACAUGGGCGUGUAG